AUGGAUUCAAAGCUCCAGCAAUCCAGCAGGUUCAGACGCUUCAGUCCACUGCUGCUGUUUUGUCUCGUCUAUCAUAAUGGAAACACCGAUAUACCUGUGUCAGGAAAAAAGGGAGGCAACAUCACCCUGACAUGUGAAAUUGAGGCCGAUAAGAUUGUUCACGUUGAGUUAAUCUUUGAGUCAAAAGACAUUGAUGUUUGUCAGACUGAAGAAUGCAGUGGACGAGUAUUUAAAGAAGGAAACUGUGAUGUCGUCAUCAAGAAUCUGAGCUUCAGUGACGCUGGGAAAUACUUUAUGAGAGUCCAUUACAAUAAUGAUCAGACAAAUGUGGCGCAACAAAAGGAGCGGAUGUACCAACUUCAUAUUACUGAUGAUAUUUCUGUGAAAGCAGGCAAGCCACUAAAAAUGCAUGUUCUGAUGUCCUUUGCUGAUAAAGUGGAGAAAAGCUCCAGUGAAGGGUGGAAGGAGGUGUGGAAGAGAGGACAUGGGGUCUGGAGCAAUCGAAUGAAUGUCAGUGAUGAAAACCUGAUCAUUAAAGCUUUUACAGAUAAUGAUGCAGGAUCGUACAGAGUUCUGGACUCUAAAGGAGAAAUCUUUAUCACAGUGACCGUCACAGAAUCAGGUACAGAAUCAGCGGGAAAACAAGACACAGAUAAAGACAAAACUGGUGACACUGAAGAACAUGAGAAAUGGAUUUUGCCAGUAGGAGUGGGUUUGGGGAUUCUGGUUCUGGCUGUGAUUGGUGUCGUCAUAUGGCGAUGUCGGCACACAGGUUACAUGCAGACUCCAGUACAGGAGAAUCCAGAGCACCCAGAGAUACCUCUUAACAAUCUUAACUGAUGAUGAAACUACACAGGAGCCCUUGACACCUGGUGACAGCACUGUUAAUGAAAUCUGCCUUCAACACUAACAGGAUUCUGUCAUCAUAUAACGGCAGCUAGAGGUGUGCCAUACAACAUAAAUUUGUUUGUUCAUGCAACACUGAUUGACUUAUUUUGCUAAUAGAAAUAUUCUUGUCACAGCAACUGAAACAACAAUUACUGUUGUUGAGUUAAUUUAUUUUUUUCCUGGAUUAAAAAACUGAAUUUGUAAAAGGCCACCAUUUUUAUGUCUAUUUAUGAAUGACAAACAUGGACUUAUUCCUUUAUCAGUUUAUUUCAGCAGUAAGGACAUAAGGCAAUUAUAAUGAUUGUAUUGAGAACAUAGUGAAAUGUUACAGAAACCUUAACGGACAACUCAAGUCUUAUUUGUAGACAACAUUAUCUUUGUAAAGCAUUCUACAAAAUGGAGAUAUCCAGGAUAUAGAUUUAAGAAGUUGAACAUACUCUAUAUGCCUUAAUACUUGACACACAAAAACCUUGAGAACAGCGGCAAUCAACAGAUGAGCUCUUUACAUCACAACACAACAAAUAACAAACAAUAAUGACAAAACAGCAAUGAAAAAGUUUAAAUAAAGUCAGCAAACAGCAAACCAAUAAUCCUAUAACAGUAACUGCAUAAUUUAUUCAUGCUGCAAUGCAUUCUGGGAACUCACAAAGCUUUAACAUUUCAGCAAUAUGAAAUUCUUUGUUCAGACAACUGUUUGAGUUGGGACAACAUUUGGGGCAAUCCUGGUCUGACAAAAGUUUUUAUGUAGUUUCAAGAAAACUGCAUUUCUUAGUAUUGGAGACUCAAAAUUUUGGUCAGGUUUCGUAAACUGGAAAAUAUGCAGUUGCCUUUUUUUACAGAAUCCACAAAUUCAUUGCAUGAUUAAGUCUAUUAGAAUGCAGGUAGAAUAAUCGCAAAAUCAUCAUAGGAUAAAGAUGAUCAACUUCAUGUUGAUUUGCACUGACUGUUCCCUCUAAAGAUAUAAAAAUAUGAUUUUACUGUAAUUUGUCAUAUAUUUUUUGCACAAGUCUGUAUAAAUGUCAACACAAGGAAGAGGACACACAAAGUUGAGCCUGAGUUAUGAUUUUUUUUUUUUUUCCUUUCUUGCUGCUACCUUCUGCUAACUAUGGGAUUUUAAGAUACUAUUCUUUGUACAACUGCAUUAAAACAAUAUAUACUGAGAAAAAAAAAUCAAAUCCACUUUUGAUAGUAAUAUUUCUGUUUUUUUUUUUUUUCAAUCAUGUAUUUUAUAUGAAUUUGUUAGGUUUUGAGUGUGUGCUAUUUAAGCAGCACGUUUGGUGGACUUUACAAUGUUUUGUUCAUUACUGUACCAAAUUAAUUAAUUGGUAUUUAGGAUAAAAAUAUGUAUAAGUCUUUCUUAUUACCACUGUGACUGUCACAAUUUUGAUCAUCAAAUAUAUGCAAAUGAGAGCAGUCAUGUCUUGUGAGUUCAGCGAUUUUCAAUUUUCCUGUGUUUUUCUUUCCUUUCGGUUGUAUUUCAGUCAUGUUUAACAUUGAUUUGUUUAGGAUAUAAGAGGGAAAAUUAAGAUUUUCUAUACUGUAUGAGUCUGUAUACAUAAACAUAUAUAUUUAAUAUUAAUAAAAU